AGGAGGCUGGGACUGCGCGGGGACCCCGAGGGCAGCGCGGCGGGUCGGGGGGGGCCGGGGGGGCCAUGGCUGCGCUGCUCGGCACAUUCCCCUGGCCGGAGCGGCUGGAGGGGGACRCGGGCGAGGGGCUGUCCCCAGGGCCGCCCCCCCGAGCCUCGCAGGGAGAGAAAGGCUCCGAGAGCCGCAUCCGCCGGCCCAUGAACGCCUUCAUGGUGUGGGCGAAGGACGAGAGGAAGCGGCUGGCGGUGCAGAACCCCGACCUGCACAACGCGGAGCUCAGCAAGAUGCUCGGGAAGUCCUGGAAGGCGCUGAGCCUGUCGCAGAAGCGUCCCUACGUGGAGGAGGCCGAGCGGCUGCGGGUGAAGCACAUGCAAGAUUAUCCCAACUACAAGUACCGGCCCCGGCGGAAGAAGCAGGUCAAGCGCAUCGGGAAGCGGGUGGAUCCCGGCUUUCUGCUGGGCAGCCUGACACGGGACCAGAAUUCUGUGCCGGAAAAGCGGACCUGCGGCCGGGCAGGGGGGGACAAGGAGGGCCCGGGUGAGUACCCACCCCGCCCGGGGCUGCCAGCCGCGCGGGGCUACCGGGAGGCUCCGGGCAGCGGCGGCAGCACCAGUGUGGACACUUACCCCUACGGGCUGCCCACGCCGCCGGAGAUGUCCCCCCUGGACGCCAUCGACCCCGAGCAGAGCUUCUUCUCGUCGCCCUGCCCCGAGGAGCAUCACCGCUCCCACCUCGCCGGUGCUGCCUUCUCCCCGGAGUACGCGGGCGGYUCGCUCGGGUGCGGCCACCACCCGCUCAGCCCCAUGCCACAGCCGGCCACCUGCAUGAUCCCCCCGGCCUCCAGCUGCCCUCCCCUUCCUCCUCCUCCUCCUCCUCCUGGCUACUACACACCCGCCUUCCCCUCCCUGCCCCCUCCCAGCCUCCAUGCCCACCUGGGCCAGCUCUCCCCGCCGCCCGACCACCACGGCUUCGACACCUUGGACCAGCUGAGCCAAGCGGAGCUGCUGGGGGAGAUGGACCGCAAUGAGUUCGACCAAUAUCUCAACAACCCCAGCCACGGCGAGCAGCACGGCGGGACCUUGGCCAACGGGCACGUCCCGGCGUCCGGCAGCUCCCACGGCUCCGAGAACAGCCUCAUCUCCGUCCUGGCCGACGCCACGGCCACCUACUACAAUAACUACAGCGUGUCUUAGGGAGCCCAGCCGGGGCCGCCUGGACCGGCCGAGGAAGGACCCGACACUGUUGCGAGGCRUUGCUCCCUGGGGACAUCGCCCGCGGCCCCUCAGGGUGACCGAGUCUGAACCGCAGRGCCCUGGAGUCUCCUCGGGGUUGUAGGUAAAGGAUUCGGGUUGUUGGGUCACCACCGUGCAAAGCCUGGAGUGCUCCGCUCCGACCGGCGCUGGGGGCAUUUCCCGAAACCAAAGCCCUUCGGCCAAGUCCYUCUUCCAAAGCAGGGAUGCUCCUGGGUGUGCAGGAAGGCUGCCCCUCGUUUUGGGGCAUCCCCAGCUCUGAUUUGGAGUCAGGAGUGCAGCAGCACCCCGCAAACAUCAGGUCUGAAUUCCCYCUGGAAGGGGCAAAGGCAGGGGUGGGAGAAGGGAAGAUUUUGGUGAAGGUCCGUGAGCUGGUUUUGGGUUCUGGUGGCGGCAUUUCUGCAGCUUCCCUGA